CUGCUCUGAAGAACAGAAACUUUUCAGUUUGUGGCAGUUUUCCUUCAAGAGUCACAAGAAGUUCAACAGGACUGGCAGGAGCACAAGAGGAGAACCACAGGAGAACCAGAGGAGAACCAAAGGAGAAUCAGAGCAGAACCACAGUAGAACCAGAGGAGAACCACAGGAGAACCAGAGGAGAACCAAAGGAGAAUCAGAGCAGAACCACAGUAGAACCAGAGGAGAACCAGAGGAGAACCAGAGGUGUCAUCUCAUCCUGCAACAGUUUUUCAGGAUGACUGACGUCCGCUUGGCUGCAGCUUCCUCCACCGUCUCCAAGGUAACAGGAUGCAGUUCCCACGGAUACCAGCCUCCAGCCUUCGUCCUGCCUCCUCGGAAUGUCCGGGUUCUUCUGGGAGGAGACGCCCCUCUGGAGGGGAAGGUGCGAGGUCAUCCUGAGCCACAGGUCACAUUGUACAGAGAAGGGAGGGCUGUGAUUGGUGGAGAGCGCUGCCUGGUAGAACGAGGUGGGCGGGGCACCUUCAGCCUGCUGGUGGGCGGAGUCACAGAGGAGGACGUGGGCAGGUACACUUGUCAGGCAACCAAUCAGGCGGGGAGCCGGCAGGUUACCGUGGAGAUCCUUCUGAAUGAGACUCCUGGGAACAGAUUCCUGCUGCCGUCCUGCAUGAGAACAGGACCCAGCAUCUGGAGCCAGAGUCCUCCGAGGUUCAUCACCAAACCCAGCCGAGUGUUGGCCAAACUGGGACAGAGCGGGAAGUUCACCGCCAAGACCACGGGACGCCCCCAGCCCCGGGUCACAUGGUACAAGGAGGAGGCGGAGCUUCAGCUGGGUGGGCGGGUCAGUAUCUAUGAGUGCACUGGCCACCACUUCCUGGAGAUACAGGAAGUGUGUGCAGAGGACACAGGAAGUUACAGGUGUUACGUCACCAACAGCGCCGGAUCAGCGACCGCCACCGCCGAGCUCAGCGUCCUGGGUGGUCCUGACUCCGCCUCCUCCAGGUCCGUGGACCCCCCUGAGGACCCUAAGACCAGGACCAGGAGACCAGCAGUGGACAGAGCAGCACCCAGUGCUCCCAGGCCUCCAGUACAGCUCCCCCUGCUGGCUGAGAGCAGAACUGCAGCUGCUCAGGUGCAGCCAGUCGGUCCUGAUCCGGUUCAGACCAGUUCAGUCCAGCAGCAGGCAGCUGGUUCAGGCAGCAGCAGGGCCGUGAGGAGGUCCACAUCGGGGUCCAACCUGCGGUUCGAGGUCGUUCCUCUGGACCAGGAGGCCACAGAGGGGACCCAGGUCACUUUCACCUGCCAAGUCUCCUCUGAUGCUGUUGCCGUGGUUACCUGGCUGAGAGGCGGGGACCAGGUGAGGACAGGACAGCAGAGACGGGACGGCAGCCGUCUCACUCUCACCACGGAGAGAGUGAGACAGGUGGAUGAGGGGACAUACAGGUGUGAGCUGACCACCACUGAUGGACUGACCGUUACCUCGGCAACGUGGAGGCUCCGAGUCCACAGCCGACAGCAGGUCAGGCGGUUGGAGGUCAGAACUUUGUGUGAAGCUCCUCGUUUCAUCAGCUGCCUCACAGACCUGAAGGUGAUGGACGGCAGCAGAGUCGCCAUGACGGUGGAGCUGAGCGGUCACCCUCCUCCAGAUGUGUUGUGGCUUCAUGAUGGGCAGGAGGUGAAGGAGUCGGAAGACUUCCAUCUGCUGAGGGAGGAGAACCGCUGCACUCUGCUGAUCCAGGAGGUUUUCCCCGAGGACACUGGUACCUACAGCUGCCGGGCAUGGAACCACUACGGGGAGGACCGGACCGAGUCCCGGCUCACCGUGGAGGGAACAGUGUUGGAGGAUGCAGCGCUAUGGCUCGUCUGGCUGUCUCUGCAGCACACAGCCAGCCCUGCAGGAGGAGGAGAGGAGCACUCAGCCAUCAGCAGAUCUGUAGGUCAGCAGGAGGCCCACCAGGAUCCCUGUGAGAAGAAGGAGGAGGACCAGGACUCUGCUGCUCCCCGAGGCCUCCUCAGACGCUGCGUGGAAACCAGGGAACGAGGCGAGGAGGAGCUGCGACAGAGGGAGGCGCAGCAGCUGGACUUUCGCUCGCUGCUGGGACGCCGAGCUUGUCAGAACCUCCAGCAGGCAGAGGAGCAGCAGCUCAUGGAUUUUAAGGCCAACCUGAAGGGGGUGAAGCCCAAGGCGGAGGAGAAGACCAGCUCCUCGCAGCAGGUCGACUUCCGCAGCGUGUUGGGGAAGAAGGGCGCCGCCAGCAGCAACGGCAACAAGCCGGCCGAGACGCCCGGGAAGAACGCCGCCGACUUCCGCUCCGUCCUCACCAACAAGAAGAAGCCCGGCGGCCCGGAGAAGAACGGGGAGAAGGUGAACAACAACUGCGUGGAUGGAGUGAUUAACGAGAAGAAGAAUGCCGCCGGAGGAGGGCCGGCGCCGGAGUUCAUGGAGAAGCUGAGCGAUGUGAUGGUGCUGGAUGGCCAGCGGCUGCGGCUGCAGUGUCGCCUCACCAACGCAGAUGCCAGCGUCUCCUGGACGCUGGACGGGAAGAUCAUCAAGCCUUCCAAGUUCAUCGUGCUCGCCAGUGAAGGCGGCCUGUGCUCUCUGACCAUCGAUAAAGCUCUACCUGAGGAUGAAGGCCAGUACAAAUGCAGAGCUGAGAACUCAUCGGGCAGAGCUGAGUGUUCCUGUAUGGUUCUAGUGGAUGAUCCAGCAGAAAACUCUCCGGCAGACAAAAAGUCCAAGAAGGCGACUCCCACCUCAGAGAGUGAAGCCAGAAUAAAGAAGCCGACAGCCAAGACUCCGCCCAAACAAGCUGUGCCUCCUCAGAUCCUACAGUUCCCAGAGGACAUGAAGAUCCUGGCGGGAGAGAAGGUGGAGAUCCUCUGCAAGUUCUCUGGAGCUCCACCCAUCAACUGCACCUGGCUGAAGUUCAGAAAACCAAUCCAGGGCUCGGCUGAUAUCUCCAUCUCCAGCAGUGACAGCAGCAGUAAACUGACCAUCAGCAGCGGGCAGCAGGAACACUGUGGCUGCUACACCAUAGAGCUGAGGAACAGCUUCGGCCUCAGACAGGCUGCUCUGAACCUCACAAUCGUCGAUAAACCCGACCCCCCGGCUAAGGUCCCGGCAGCCUCAGACAUCCGGCGGUCCAGCCUGACCCUGUCGUGGUACGGUCCGACCUACGAUGGGGGCAGCGCCGUCCAGUCGUACCAGCUGGAGAUCUGGGACUCUGUGGAGCAGCAGUGGAAACACUUGGUGUCCUGUAACAGCACGUCCUACAACGUACAGAACCUCCUCCCAGAGCGCCAGUACAAGUUCAGAGUCCGAGCAGAAAACAUCUACGGAGUCGGAGAACCGAGCUCCGAGUCGGAGCCGGUGACCGUCGGCCUGGUGGACGAUGACGAGAACCAGGAGGAGGUGGAGGAGGAGGACGACGACUCGGAGAAGGAGCCGGACUACAGAGACGUGACCAUCAGAACAGAUGUGAAGGUGAAGGAGCUGUAUGACGUGGAGGAGAGGCUGGGAACGGGGAAGUUCGGUCAGGUCUUCAAGUUGGUGGAGAAGGCCACCAAGAAGGUCUGGGCAGGGAAGUUCAUCAAGGCGUACUCAGCCAAGGAGAAGGAGAACGUCCGGCAGGAGAUCGGCAUCAUGAACAGCCUCCACCACCCCAAGCUGGUCCAGUGCAUCGACGCCUUCGAGGGCAAGUCGGACAUCGUCAUGGUCCUGGAGAUGAUCUCAGGUGGAGAGCUGUUUGAGCGGAUCAUCGAUGAGGACUUUGAGCUGACGGAGCGGGAGGUGAUCAAAUACAUGCUGCAGAUCAUCGAUGGAGUUAGCUUCAUCCACAAACAGGGCAUCGUCCACCUGGACCUCAAACCGGAGAACAUCAUGUGUGUCAACAAGAACGGCAGCAAGAUCAAACUCAUCGACUUCGGCCUCGCCAGACGACUAGAAAACGCAGGAACCCUGAAGGUUCUGUUUGGAACUCCAGAGUUUGUAGCUCCAGAGGUGAUCAACUACGAAGCCAUCAGUUACCCUACAGACAUGUGGAGUAUAGGAGUCAUCUGUUACAUACUGCUGAGCGGUCUGUCUCCUUUCAUGGGAGAUAACGAUAACGAGACGCUGUCCAAUGUCACCUCGGCUACCUGGGACUUUGAGGACGAGGCCUUCGAUGAGAUCUCUGAUACGGCCAAAGACUUCAUCACCAACCUGCUGAAGAAAGACAUGAAGGCCAGACUCACCUGUGCUCAGUGUUUUGAACACACCUGGCUGAAGCAGGAUACCAACACCAUGAAGGCCAAGAAGCUCUCCAAGGAGAGGAUGAAGAAGUACAUCCUGAGGAGGAAGUGGCAGAAAACGGGUCACGCUGUUAGGGCCAUCGGCAGACUGUCGUCCAUGGCCAUGAUGGCCGGAGUCAGUGCCAAGAAGGGAUCGCCCACCGAAGAGGACAACCAGUUCCUGGAGUGUCUGGAGUACGAGCAGAAGACGGAGAGCAAACCGACCUUCAGCUCCAUCAUCAAGGACGUGGAGGUGGUGGAGGGCAGCGCUGCUCGCUUCGACUGCAAGAUAGAAGGUUACCCCGACCCAGAGGUGGUCUGGUACAAAGACGACCAUCCCAUCAAAGAGACACGACAUUUCCAGAUCGACUACGACGAGGAAGGAAACUGCAGUCUGGUCAUUUCAGAGGUUUCAGGUGAUGAUGAUGCCAAGUACACGGUGAAGGCGGUGAACAGUCUGGGGGAGGCGACCUGCACCGCUGAGCUGCUGGUGGAGGUGAUGGCUGGAGAGGAGGAGGAGGAGGAGGAGGAGGAGGAGUGAAGCACAGGCUGGACUCCCCCAGGAGGAGGAGUUAGCACCUCCACAACCAGCAGGGAUUGGAGGAGCAGGGGGGUGGAGUUUAACACACCUGUUGAGGUGGAACGUUUAUCCGAAACAUUAAAGAUCCACGAAGGAUUCAGAUUCAAACUAAAUCAUCCAUAUUAGUUUAUAUUCUCCCAGAUCAGUCAGCCUCAUUUACACCAAGACAACACUAAACCAGGAGUCAGUCUGUAGUUUACCUGUGUCUUAAACUCCGCCCACCCAACACCUGGACAAAGAAGCUCAGCGCCCUAGGUGAGCUUCUGUGGGUUUCACCUUAGACUUUCUAUCAUUGAUUUCUGUUAGAGAAACAGGACAUCUGGGAUCUUCUGUCUGUUAGAAGAUCUUCUGUCCAGUAGAAGGUCUUCUGUCCGGUAGAAGAUCUUCUGUCCAGUAGAAGGUCUUCUGUCCAGUAGAGGAUCUUCUGUCCAGUACAAGAUCUUCUCAGUGGGUAGUUCCACCUCCAGAGUUUAAUUUCAAACAUGAAGAACUUCAGAGGUUCAGAACAUCUCAGUGUUUCUGCUCAGAGAACAUGAGGAAAAGUCUGGAUGAAGGUUUUCAGCAGCAGCUCCCAGAAUCCUUCCCCAGAGGAUCAUGGGAGUUGUAGUUCAUUAACGGUAGAUGAUGACAAACAGCAGUUACAACGGAGAAACGCUGGUGGACGGAGGAGAACGUCUAGAGGAACCAGAACUUUGUGCUGACGCUGACCUACUUCCUGUGGGAGUCGCUGAGGAAGACUAUGGUACGAUGAAGGUGGAGCUGAGCAGAGCCAUAUAUUGACAGAGUUCAGUCAAUGUGACUCAUGAGGUAGAUAGUUUAGGUGGAGCUUACACGGCUAGUUAGCUUAGCGGCUGUUAUUAGCAUGCUAGCAGGCUGAGGAGUGAACUAACGAGACAUUUGGUUCAUCUGAAAACAUUCAAUUUGAUCACCUACAUGUGUUCUACCAACAGAAACUGAUCCGUUAGCUGCAGCGCUAAAGAUACGUAAAGUUCCAGCUAGUUAUGUUAGCUAAUUAGCUUUAAUAUUGACUAGCCAGUUCCAGCUAUUUCCUGUUAGCCAAUUAGCAGCAGAGGUUUGGGCUGUAGGAGAGAACCGCUAACAGUUAACAAGCUGUUCUCUCCUACAGCCCAAACCUCUGCUGCUCAUUAGCCAACAUUAACUAGCCAGUGCCAGCUAGCUAAUGUUGGUUAAUUAGCUUUAACAUUAACUACCUAGUUCCUGCUAGUUCAUGUUGGCUAAUUAGCUUUAACAUUAACUAGCCAGUUCCUGUUAGCUAAUUAGCUUUAACAUUGACUAGCCAGUUCCAGCUAGUUCCUGUUAGCUAAUUAGCUUCAACAUUAACUAGCCAGUUCCAGCUAGUUCCUGUUAGCUAAUGAGCAGCAGAGGAUUGGCUGUAGGUAGUGAUGGUCCUCUGAUACCCGAGGCUCCGACUUAUGUGCGAUAGCUCCUGAAGCUAAUGUGUGGAACCACUGUGCAGAGACAUGGUUUGGUCACGUGACCUGUGACGUUUGACUCACUUAGGUGAAUGAAUCAAUGAAUCACCUGAACCCAAAACAUACUUUACCAACAUCCAUGAUAUGAUCUGUGUUUGCUCCAUGUGGAGAUUUCAGGAACGUUCUCCAGUUUAGUCCUGAUUUCUCCAAACCAAAAUGCAGUCUCUGAAGUCAAAGUUUUACUCAAGGAAUCAACCUGCAGAGAACCCAGUCUGAACUAGUGACUAUAAAGAAACAGCUUUUAUACAGAAACAAGUUACAGCGGUGUUACCAGUUUAUUAUCAGUUUAUUACCAAUUUAUUAUGAGUUUAUUACCAGUUUAUGAUCAGUUUAUGAUCAGUUGAUUAUCAACCAGCUUCUUAUAUUUUCAUGGCCAGAGUUAAUCAUGGAAACUUUCUGAGUUCUUUAGGUUAUAUGAGUUCCCAGUCACACAGUUCUACAGUAGUUUGACAUCAUAAAGAACAUUUAAUCAGAACAUUAUGAUAAUUUAUAACAGAAAAUGACAUCAGUGUGUAUUUAUAGAACAUCUCUCCAGAUUAUAAAUAAAGAGUCUCCAGGGUUACAGACAGAAUGCCAGAUCAGAAACAUGCUCUCAAAUAAUAAUAAUAAUAUUUAUUAUUAUUAUUAUUAUUAUUAUUAUUAUUAUUAUUAUGGUAUCCACUAGAACCCAUACAGUCAUCUAGUUGACCACAUCCAUAAUAGUCCAUGAACGAAUCAGCAUGUCUGGACAGCCCUUCCUGUUGCUGACCACUAGAUGUCCUCCUGGAUGAAUCCUGUCUGGAUCCUCCAUCAACUUCACUAAUAAGCCAACAGUAGCUGCUAACAGCAGCUAGCCGGUCACGUUGAAUCCUAUUUGUGUGUCGCUGUGAUGUAAGACUGACCCCCCUCAGAGGGAUUGUGGGUAAUGAAGUGCCUUCUCUGUGAAUAUGUGGCUCAGAUGGCCUGAACACGAUGAGAACCUUUUCUGUUUGAGCACUUUUCUUUGUUUUUCACUCCGAACCUGAACGUCACUUGGCCUUAAACUUUAUUAACUUUAAUCCUUUGAUGUCGGCACACUGAGGGACGUUAGUUUUAAACUUUAUUAACUUUAAUCCUUUAAUGUCGGCACGCUGAGGGAUGUUGGCCUUAAACAGCAGCAGAGCAAACAUCCUGUCCUUUAGUCUUUAUUCUGACUGUAAUGAAUUAAACUUCGUAAUCAGAGCUCUGACAGGAAAACAAACAUCUGAUCACAUGUUCUUCUCUAAACAGAACAUUUGUGUCUUUAUUUAUAGGGAGGUGCCUUGAAUUCAGAGAUGAUGCCUUUAAAGUACGCUUCUAAAGCUUUGUGUUCUGAUUAGAUUUAUAUUGAAUAAAGUCAUAAAUAAAAGAAUGUGCAGAUAUUAAAUCACAUUAACUCCACAGGAAGCCUUUGGGUUCUGCUGCGGGUUCGUCCCUCAGUGUGUCCAGAUGUUUGGUUUCCACAUUCCAGCUGUUUGGUUUGAUUUAAAGGAGCGUUUUAACCUCACCGUGUGUUUGUGUGAUUGAUGUUUCUGUUUUAUUUAAAGCACAGACUCAGUAUCCUGUUGUUCACAGCUAUAAACUGUCACUCCUGUGUUCUGAUAGAUGUCUGUAGAGGAUGUUCCUGUCGUUUUUAUAUAUCACUUUGAUGAACUUCAUGUACCAGACACAAGACUGAAGUUACACAAAACUAAUAAAUUUAUAUCACAAACA